AUGAGUGAUCCUACCUCAAACCCCGCCGUUCAGCCGGCACCGCAGCGCUCCAUCGAGCCCUGCCGUACCGCCACGGAGCCUCCUGAAGGUGUCACUGUGUUCAAGUGGCCCCGCAAACCCGAUAUCGAUGAACGCAGCUACUGCUAUUUCCGACUCGCCUCGAACAACUUGCAGGUGCUUCUCAUCCAAGAUCCCAAGGCCAACCGCGCUGCCGCCUCCAUGUCGGUAGGCGUUGGUCACAUGCAGGACCCGCCCUCGUAUCCUGGCCUGGCACAUUUCUGUGAACACAUGUGUUUUCUGGGCUCGGACAAAUACCCUGACGAAGGAGCCUAUCAUGAGCACAUCGCUCGUCACGGUGGGCACGCAAAUGCCUUCACUUCAUUAGAGGAGACGAACUACGCCUUCGAAAUCGGACCCGAGCAGCUGCUGGAGACACUCGAUCGCUUUGCACAGUGCUUCCUACACCCUCGCUUCCACAAAGCCGCGGUCGGGCGUGAAGUAGAUGCUGUCGAUGCCGAGUAUCGCAUGAAUAUUCAGAGUGAUACCCAUCGCCUUUUCCAACUACUCAAAUCGCUCACGGACCCCGUGCAUCCCUUUCACAACUUUGGAACGGGCAACCGCGAGACGCUUCUGGGGUCCGCAUCAGCAGCAGCAGCAGCAGCAGCAGAAGCCGCAGCAGAACCGCACCAAGCACCAACCUGCCUACCAGCUGCGGUCGUUGAAAGCCAGGAAAGCGUUCGGGAAGCACUUUGCGAAUUUCAUCGUCAGUACUAUGGCGCUGACCUCAUGUGUUUAUGCGUCAGUUUUACCGCGCACCAGACGAUGGCGGAAAUGCAGUCCGCUGUUUGGUCGCUAUUCGGAGAGGUGCCGCGUGCCCUCCAGAAGGCGCCAGCCGCGUCCUAUGCGCAUCAGCCACUCUUUCGAGAGGACCACCAACCCCAAGGCAAACUUUAUGUCGUGGAACCGGUGAAGGCGCUCCGGGAGAUGCGCAUCGUCUUCACGAUACCGCCGCAACGGCCGCUGUAUCGCACAAAGCCGGCACACUGUCUUGCACACCUCCUGGGACAUGAGUCGAAUGGCUCGCUGCUCGCCGCGCUAAAGGAGCACGGGUUCGCCACUGCCCUCAGUGCGGGCGUCUCUUGGGAAUUAACGGGCAUCGCGUUUUUUGACAUCGAUAUCGCACUUACCGAGCGGGGCCUUGUUCACUGGCAACAAACGCUGAGUCUAGUAGGUGCCUACUUGCGCCUACUGCGUACUCUGCUGGGGCCCGGAGAUAUCCUCGACGCCGACUUGCCUUCCUACAUCUACGAGGAACUGCAGUUACUUGGCGAGAUCCACUUUCGAUACCAGGAGCGAGAGUCCUCACCAUUCCAGGCUGUUGUGGAGCUGAGUUCCUCACUCCGCGUCUUUGAUCCAGAGGACGUGCUGGCGGGGCCGUUUCUCUACUGGGAUCGUCCAUCCGCCUGUGCGCUGCGGGAGCUUCUCUCUGAGCACAUGUGCCCUGAACAGGCGAUCGUUUUUCUGGUGACCACUGAAAUGUAUCAGCAGCCUGAGGCUUAUGGGCUGGAAUCCACGCAGCUAGUGCACGGCCUGGAGCCUUGGUACCAGACGCGUUACCUGACGGGCACCAUGCCAGCAGCCGCUUGGUACUCAGAGACACCCGCUGCGCGUGCGCUCCACGUACCGCUUCCGAACCCGUUCAUGCCGCGUUCUUUCAGCUUGAAGGUAGCACCGGCUGCGGGAACCGCUGCGGCCGACGCAAACGGUCAGCAGCCGUUGCCUCGCUGCCUUCUCUUGGAUGAGGCCCAAGGUCGGGUGCUCCACCACAGCCUGGAUACGAGUUUUCGGCAGCCACGAAUUCAGGCCUUCUUUCAACUCUACACAGAUAUGGCGUACGCGAGCCCUGAGCAGGCCAUUUUCACGAAACUAGCGAUAGCUCUCAUUGAAGAUGCGCUCACAGCGAGUGCGUACGAUGCCGAACUCGCGGGCAUGUCGUAUACACUCACGCCCACAGCAACGGGUGUUUUCCUUGGUCUCAGCGGCUUCGCCGAUACCUUCAUCCGCUUCACCGAGCAUGUUUUCCGCACCGCUGCAGCAACCUGCUCAGGCGAGGAUGUCAAGCAGUCGACGGAGAUUCGUCAGCGGCUCCUGGACGCGCAUCUGGAUCGUCUGCGACGCUCUUACGAGGAUGCUGCCUUGCAGAAACCGUAUCAGCAGGUAAUGUACAACACACGCGUGCUGCUGCAGCUACCGCACUGGCACGCGACCUGGGACUAUCUCUCGUUGUUGCGGGAAGCGUCAUCAGCUGGGACCGAACGUUUCUCUCUGGAAAGCGUCGACGCAUUCCGAACGACACUGUUCGGUGGUGCAUCCGGGGCGCCUGGGUGCUCCAUGCGCAACCUCGUCGUCGAAGCGCUUCUCCAUGGCAAUGUGACCGAAGACGAAGCAAGACUGCUUUUUGAUCGCUGCAUGGCGAUUGUCCAGCCGUGUUUGCGUCCAGAGGUCGGCGACCUUCGUCAGUUUCUCCGGCGACUCGAGUGCCACCAGUUGCGCAUCCCUGCGGAGCUCUCGCCCCUGGGGCUCUUCAUUCCACUGCCAAACGCAACGGAGUCGAAUGCGAGCCUCGGAUACUAUGUGCAGACGGGCGUGCGCUCCCUGGAACGGGAUCUCUUGGUAGAGGUGCUCUCGAACCUGCUCCAGAAGCCGCUGUUCCACGAGCUACGCACUGUCCAACAGCUGGGCUAUGUGGUAUCCAACUUUGUGUAUCGCCGGUGCGGAGCGCAGGGACUCUUCUUCCUGGUACAGUCGACGGAGCGGCAUCCGCCGUGGCAUGUUGCCGAACGGCUCGAGUGCUUUCUCCACGACUUUUACCAGAACCAGCUGCAGCGCCUGCGCGUCGAUGACCUGCGGCCGUACCUGGAGGCGAUGGCAGAGAAACGAGAGGAGCCGGAUCGAAACCUCCCCGAACGGGGUGCGCGCUUCUGGGCCGAGAUAGAGCACGGUACCUACCAGUACCAACGAGGAGAACAGGAGGCUCGCUACCUACGCGCGCUCUUGAAGCAAGACACCGAUGAGGCGGCAACAGACGUGAACGCAACAGGUACGCUUUCGCUGGUCAAGUUCCACGCGUUGCUGCGUACGUUUUGGGAAAACGAGGUCUGCGGACAUCGCCACGGAGGUAGCCUGCGCGUCUACGCGGUUCCGUUCUGUUGGAUGCCAGUGGAAGGCGGCGCGCUGCAGGUCGACCAAGUUGCCGCGUACCUGGCUACGAAAGAAACCCAGCAGGGCCUCGAAGAACGAACGCGGACGCUGCUGCUGGCAACUGCUGCUUCUGUUCGAAAGUGGCAACAGCAUGCCAGCAGAUACCCCUCGGAGCGCGAGUACGAGUCGCCUCCAACAUCCCUGGAACCUCAUGGAGAGAAUCCAUGA